AUGGCCGCCGCGCGUGCCCCGGGGGCUUCUCUCUCCCUCAGCACCGCCGGGCGGUCCCGCCACAUCGGUACACCCGGAGGCUGUGGGAAGAAGGGGGAGGCAGUAGCCGCGCUCCCCUCGGAGAAGCGGCACCGUCGAAAGGAGACGGGAACGAGACAGACAGGGCAUCAUGCACCCCUGAGGAGAGCGAAGCAACAGCACGGCGGCUCCUGCGACCGAUCUAGAAAAAGACCCGCGCGAGCCCUAACUCGCUACCUCAUUGGCUCUCCCAGCCGCCGCCGCCGCGCUGCUGCUCCUGCUGCGCACCGCGGUCCCCUCAGGGCAGCGAUGGCGGUGGCGGGCGGGGGUUGCACCUCCGAGCCGGGCCAGGCCUCCUCCCUCCUCUGUAGUGCCACAACGUGGCCCCUAAAGCGCUACGGCCGCUUCCUACCCCCGAAGGAGGGCGAAGACGAAGGGCAAAACACCUCCUCGUGGAAGGUUUUUGAAUCAAAUGAAGAAUCAGGCCAUCUUAUCCUUACCAUUGUUGUAUCUGGCCAUUUCUUUAUUUCCCAAGGGCGAACAGUACUGGAAGGCUUUUCCUUGAUUGAUUCCCACAAGUGGUUAAAUAUAGUAAGAAGAGCAGACUGCCUGCUGCUUCGUGCACAGGCAAAGAAUGAAUGCCGCAUGUUUCGCGUUCAGUUUGGUGGAGAUUCAAAAGAACAGAUGCUAGAACACUGCUGCGGUUGCGUUCAGAAGCUCGCAGAGUACGUACCGGUUCAGGUCACUGACGAACAAAGUCUCAGUCAGCUGGCUAACAGGGAAAAUCAAGCGAAGGACACUGAACCAAAUGCAUCAGUACCACAUACACCAGAUGAGCCUCUACCAGAUUCCUGCACAAGCCUUGGGGAAAGAAGAUCUGUAACACAGCUAGCGCAGUCUGUGCUGAAAAAGAAGUCUGAGCUCCCCCUUGUGUACCGGCAUUCAGCGUGGCGUGCGCAAGAGCUGGGGCCCUUCAUUCGCUUGUGUCUUAUGGAUCAGAAUUUCCCAGCUUUUGUGGAAGAUGUGGAGAAGGAAUUGAAAAAACUCGCGGAAGGCUGA